ACCAGGGCCCAGGGCCGUGUGGGUGCGCAGCUCUGGGCAGACCUGCGUGAGCUCCAACCCAGGCUGCCGGCCGCCACCCAGCCUCCCGGCCCGCUCUCCCGAGGGGGCAGACGCCGCAGGGACAGGACUCCGGCCGGUUCUCUCUGAGGAAGCCCCUCACCAUGGACGCAAGUGAAUUCCGGCGGCGGGGGCGGGAGAUGGUGGACUACAUAGCGGACUACAUCGAGGGCAUCGAGGGGCGCCAGGUCUACCCCAGCGUGGAGCCCGGCUACCUGCGCCCCCUGAUCCCCAGCUGUGCCCCUCAGGAGCCCGACGCCUACGAGGACAUCAUGAAGGACGUGGAGAAGGUCAUCAUGCCGGGGGUGACCCACUGGCACAGCCCCCGCUUCUUCGCCUACUUCCCCACGGCCAGCUCGUACCCGGCCAUGCUCGCCGACAUGCUGUGCGGCGCCAUCGGCUGCAUCGGCUUCUCCUGGGCGGCGAGCCCGGCGUGCACGGAGCUGGAGACGGUGAUGCUGGACUGGCUGGGGAAGAUGCUGCGGCUGCCCGAGGCCUUUCUGGCCGAGAAGGGGGGCGCAGGGGGCGGCGUCAUCCAGGGAAGCGCCAGUGAGGCCACGCUGAUGGCGCUGCUGGCCGCUCGGAGCAGAGCCACACGCCGCCUGCAGGCUGCCCGCCCGGGGCUGACGGAGGCCGCCGUCAUGGAGAAGCUGGUGGCCUACGCCUCCGACCAGGCCCACUGCUCCGUGGAGAGAGCCGCACUGAUCGGAGGAGUGAAAUUCAAAGCCAUCCCCUCCGACGGCAAGUUCGCCAUGCGCGCGUCCGCCCUGCAGGAGGCGCUGCAGCAGGACAAGGCGGCCGGGCUGGUUCCUUUCUUCGUGGUGGCCACCCUGGGGACCACGCCCUGCUGCUCCUUCGACCGCCUCUCCGAAGUGGGCCCGCUCUGUAACUGGGAGGACCUGUGGCUGCACGUGGACGCGGCCUAUGCGGGCAGCGCCUUCAUCUGCCCCGAGUUCCGGCACCUCCUGGAUGGCGUGGAGUUUGCAGACUCCUUCAACUUCAACCCCCACAAGUGGCUGCUGGUGAACUUCGACUGCUCGGCCAUGUGGGUGAGGAAGCGCGCGGACCUGACCGGAGCCUUCAAGCUGGACCCUGUGUACCUGCGGCACGGCCACCAGGACUCGGGGCUCAUCACUGACUACAGGCACUGGCAGCUGCCGCUGGGACGCAGGUUCCGCUCCCUGAAGAUGUGGUUCGUGUUCCGGCUGUACGGGGUCACGGGCCUGCAGGCCCACAUCCGCAAGCACGUGCGGCUGGCCCGCGAGUUCGAGGCUGCGGUGCAGCGGGACCCUCGCUUUGAAAUCUGCGCAGAAGUCACCCUGGGGCUGGUCUGCUUCCGGCUGAAGGGCCCCAACAAGCUGAACGAAGACCUUCUGGACAGAAUCAACGGCGCCAAGGAGAUCCACCUGGUCCCCUGCCACCUGAGGGACAAGUUCGUGCUGCGCUUCGCCAUCUGCUCCCGCAACGCGGAGUCCGCGCACGUGCAGCAGGCCUGGGCCCACAUCCAGGCGCUGGCCACGGCCCUGCUGGGGGCCGGGCAGGAGUAGCGAGAUCCAAGCUGGACAGACGUGUAUCUGAAAACUGGAGGGAGAGGCAGAUAAACAGCACCCGGCUCCAUGGAAGCGAGCCCGCCAGCUCGCACUUCUCUCUCCGACGCUACCAGACGCCUGCGCUUCGUCUCCCGAGUCUCUCCUCGGCGAAGAGAUAUUAUUUGCUGCGUGAAAAGUCAGUCCCCGGGGAUGUAGCUUUCAUUCAUUGUUUGGCUGCGGUUUUGUGAAUUAAACAAUCGUAGUGCUUCGUGCUCUUGGAGUUGGCCGUGGGGGGAGGGCUCGCGAGCUCUCUCCCAGGCCGGGCUGGGCGACGGAGGUCACGCCUGGGCCUUCCCCUUGCUCCGUCCUGCGGCCAGUGCUCAAUAAACAAUCUGAAGUGCCAUGGCUAUUGCGUCUGGUGAGCUUCCUGUUCUGCGCCGUGCCCAGCUGAUGGUUAUAAUAUGGACGGACCCUUUCCAAGCGGCCAGAGGCAUGGCAUCCUUGGAUAGUUUUAAGCAGCAUUCAUUCAUUCAACCAUGUGUAUUGAGUGUGUCAUA